AUGGGCUACGACACCGAGCGCUUUGUGGGCUACGUUAACGAAGGCCUCCUGUGCUCCAUCUGCCGCGCCGUGCUGGAGGAGGCCGUGCAGGCGCCGUGCGAGCACGCGUUCUGCGCCGCCUGCAUCCGCGGCUGGCUGCGCCACCACAGCAGCUGCCCCGAGGACAGGCAGCCGCUCGACGGGGCUCUGCUGCGGCCUCUCUACAGAUAUAUGAAAAAUGAUUUAAACCGUCUUCAGCUACAUUGCAAAAACAGAGAGCAUGGCUGUGAAAUGGUUUGUUCUCUAGAGUCUAUAGACAGGCAUGAGAGGGAGUGUGAAUACAGUCAGAUACUUUGCUCCAAUCCCGGCUGCCCAGUUCAAACCGAACGCCGAAACCUGGACGGGCACUUGGCCGUGUGCGACUACCGGAGCCGCGCGUGCCCCAACGGCUGCGGCUGCACCGUGCUCGGCGCCGAGGACACGCAGCACAACUGCGUGGCAGAGCUGAGGACAGAGCUGGAGCUGCUUCGGUCAGAAAUGAUUUGCAGAGUGGAGGAGGCAAAGCACGAGAUGGAGUCAAGACUAGAUUCACAGAGAAGACACAUGGUCCAGAAAGAGAGUAUUUUGCAAAACGAAAUUGAAGAACUGAAGAGCCAGAUGUCGCGGGUGCUGGCAGACGUGCGCUCCCUGAUGGCUGCCGAGCGGCGGCAUCGGCAGGAGCUGGAGCAGGCGGAGCUGGAGAAGCGGGAGCUCACGGAGCUCCUGAAGGGCCUGCAGAAGGACUCCCGGGUAAACGCCGCGGAAGGGAGCAGGAAGGCGCCCGGCUUCCGCCCGCUGGCGCGGCUGGAGAGCGGGAAGCGCAAGCCCCGGGAGGUGACGGUCAUCUGA